UCUCAAAACAAAAUAGAUUUGUGCGUUUGGGUUUUAGGCAUUUUUUAACCUAAAUAAACCCAGAAACACUUUACCAUCUCAUCCAGGCUCUGUGUUCACUUUCAAACCCUAACCAGUGUCUGAGAUCAGAAAAUCAAAUCUUCGUUGCUUCAAUUAUAUACACACAACACACACUACAAAAAUCAAACUUUUGAGAGUAUCUGCUCUGAAACUCUAGAUCAAACAUGCCUCCAAAGCAAUCCAAAACCGAUUUAGCGAAGAAGCAAAAAGUGGUCGAGGACAAGACUUUUGGGCUCAAAAACAAGAACAAAAGCAAAAAUGUCCAGAAGUAUGUGCAGAGCCUUCAACAAGCAGUUCAACCCAAAACUGACGCUUCCAAAAUGGCUGCAAAGAAGAAGAAGGAAGAUGAGAAGGCUAGAGAGAAGGAAUUGAAUGACUUGUUCAAGAUUGCUGUUACUCAGCCCAAAGUACCAGUUGGUGUUGAUCCCAAGUCUAUAUUAUGCGAGUUUUUCAAGGUGGGGCAGUGUGCAAAGGGUUUCAAAUGCAAGUUCUCGCACGAUUUGAAUGUUCAAAGGAAGGGUGAGAAGAUUGAUAUUUACAGUGAUCAGCGUGACGAAGAAACCAUGGAGGAUUGGGAUCAAGAUACAUUGGAAAAAGUUAUCGAGUCAAAGAAGAACGAGUACAACCAGAAUAGGCCAACUGAAAUUGUUUGCAAGUACUUUUUGGACGCAGUAGAGAAGAAACAGUAUGGUUGGUUCUGGGCUUGCCCAAAUGGUGGCAAAGAUUGUCACUACAGACAUGCUCUUCCUCCAGGAUAUGUGUUAAAAUCUCAGAUGAAGGCGCUUUUAGAGGAAGAGGCUGAUAAGAUGCUGCCUAUUGAGGAAGAAAUUGAAAGUCAGCGUUCCAAACUAACGGCUUCAACUCCAAUGACUACUGAGUUGUUCAUGCAAUGGAAGACGAAAAAGAUGGAAGAAAAAGAAGCUGGCUUGGCUGCCCAGCGAGCAGAUAGGGCUAAGAAUGACCGCAUGAGUGGUCGCGAGUUGUUUCUUUCGGAUUCAAGCUUGUUUGUGGAUGAUGCUGAGGCGUAUGAAAAAUACAACAGAGAAGAAGAACCUGAUGUUGCAGAGCAGAAGGUCCAGGGCAAUCCUUCUGCAGGAAGGCCAAGCUCUUCAACAAGCGCAGUUGUUGAUUCUGAAGAAGUGCUUUCUGAUGUUGAUGAUGACGAUGAUGAGCUGGACAUAGAUGAGUUAAACGAGCUUGAAGCAAGUUUGUCGAGAACAUCCAUUCAAAUCCAAGAGCCCAGUAUAAAGACUUCAUCUUGAGAGAGAGAGAAAGGCUGGGAUACCACUGCCUGAAGAUGCAACAUAGACUUAUGAGCAAUCCGACCAUACUAGCAAAUGCACUGGGUAAUAAACAAUUUAUGUGUUAACCUUAGUGUUGUUGUUGGAAUGAGGUGGAUUAUUUUGUGUUUUGGCAGAAUCCAAGUUUUGAUUCUGAUUUUGUUUGCUGUGUCAACAGCAUUUACUUCUAAGCAUUGAAGCUUACAAGAUAAUAAUACUUCCUUGUAACUCUGAUGGCUUUAUCUGUGUUUUUGAAUGGUUGGUCUGCCUCUUUACUUAUUUUGGGAAGGACCUGUAUUUUCAUGUUAUUGGGGAUUGAAGUGUGUUCAGCCCCUCUUAACUUGAUUGUAAUUUCAAAUGCCACUGUCAUCAUUCUAUA